UUAAUUGAACAAUAAUGAUGGAAAAUAAAAAACGUUUAACAUUUUUUGCUGCAGAUGUUGACCAAUAUAAAACUGCGUUAAAUAUAUUAUGAUGUAAUUCCGAACACUCAAUUUCAAAAUUCUAAUUCAAAUGGAAAGUAAUGAAUACAAGUGUGAUAUUUGUACAUACCUAUUGAAAAGCUAUUGAAAAUAAUGUUUGAUUUAAAAGUAUUAGAAAAAGUAAAAUUAGAUCCGUCUAUAAAAAUAGGCGAAAUCAAUUUAUCAUACAUAUUUCGAAUUUUACCAGAAUUCGGAAAUCCAUCCAUUAUUUUAUAUAAAGAGCGUCCUUUCGAAUCUCAAAGUAAUUAUUUAUCAUUUACGGAGCAUGAUCAAACAAGUGUUUUUGAAGUUACUGGAUCACCUCUCAAAUAUUCUUUUAAUGAAGGACAUGAUGUUCAAGACAGUAUUAUUCUAAUAAAACAAAAUUGGUAUAAAAAGGAAGAACAGUAUUUACCAUUGAGUAGAACAGAAGCAUGUAAUGCAUUAAAUGAAUGUAUUGAAUUUAUCAAAGAUACUUCAUCUCCAAUAUUUGCACUUUGCAAUGGUACAGACAAUAAAAACAGCAGAGUAUUAGGUACGAUGAUUGAAGGGAACUGGUUUAUUAGAAUUGAAAUUUGUUCAACUGGUAUUGAAAGUCUUAAUGUUAUUAAGGAUUCUUCUUCUAAAAUUUUUCAACAACAUUUAGAACUUUCACACGCAUGCGAACGUGAUGUAACUAUAUCUGUAUUUAGCAUUUUUGACUUGUUUGGGAUAAAAGGAGAAAUGAUUAAUUGGGAUGAAAAUGUAAAAAGCAACUUUGAAGGGAGUUUAAGCAUCGAAGUAAAUACUUGUAGUUUGUCUUUAUAUAUACCUUUAAAGGAAACAAAGAAUAACUUGGUUGCUCAAGUUGUUACUGGUUCAGAUAAUAGCCUUUUGAAAGAAUUAUGGCAACAAUUAUUGUUGUUAAAUGAAUAUUUGAAUAUAAUAGGACAAUAUAAAAAGAACACAAAUGAUUAUAAUAAUCAAGUUCUUUUAAAAUUCCCAGAAAAUUUUAUGAGUCCAUGUACAAAGGAACAUGACAUAAUAAUGAAAAAUUUAAGUCUUUUAUUGAAUAAAGAUUACAGUUUUCGAAAUACUGAUACCAUUGAUUUGCAUAAAGUGAACUUUGCAAAUGAAGAUAAUUUUGAAAAUAAUAUAAAAAUUCAACAGUACAUACAGAACCUUCCCUACAGAUAUAAUUUAGAUUUUACUGAUUUUUUAUGGGAAUUGGUCAUAAUGAAUUCAAAUUAUAUUGAAAUGACAAAAUGUAUUCAUUCAGUAUUUAAGGAAAUUAUAGUAAAUGGCACUUUAGUGCAGGUAAAUUCUUCAAAUUCAACAAGAAUUGCCAAAAUUAUUGCUAAUCAUCCUCAACAAAAAACAAUUUCACAUUUAUUAUCAGGCAGUUUACCAUUAGAAUAUAUCAUAGAUAUGGGUUUUGAAAAAUUGUAUAAAGACUAUACACACAUUUUGAUACAUUCAAGAUUUAAAGAACUAUAUGAUAUACAACAAAAAUUUAAAACUCUAGCAUGCGAUGAGUUUACAGUUGAUACUUAUAGAGAAAAAUUAAUAAUAUUGGCACAAGUCCAUGUAUGUUUGGAGUUUAUGUUACUUAUACAGAAUAAUUUAGAAUGUCCAAAUGAUGAUAUUCAAACUUUAUUUUCUUGUGCUUUUAAACAAUAUGUUUGUGGAAAAUCACCUGUACAGAGCUGUCAUGAAUUAUAUAAGAAUGUAAUUUAUACUUUAACUGCUCCAUUACCUGUUUCAGUACUUAAUAAUUUGAAUAACGAAAUACCUACCGUACGAAGAGUUUCACUAUCAUCUGAAUCGCAAUUAUCUAAAUUAAAAACUACUACAUAUUACAGUCAGUUACCUAUAUUUCCAACGAAUGUAUGGAAUCCUGCAGAUGAUUCAAAUGUAAUGGACGGAGCAUACCAUGUCACCACAGCUAUGUGCUUCUCCAAUAAGUUUAAAUAAAAAAUACUGGAGAAAUUCAGAACUGCCAUUAAGUUUAUUUAUUUGGGUACUAAAAAUAAGUUACACACGUUGCGAGGUAAUUACACGUUUAAUCCAUAAUUAAUAAAAUAAGAAUUAUAAAAGCAUUUGUCAAAUACAUUAAAUGUAUUCAGUAUAUAAAUAUAACUAGAUUUACGAGUG